AUACGAUUGUUAGAAUUAAGUUGAUGAGGCAGCAUGUAAAAGAAGAAGCUAAUUUGUUAGUUGUGUGGGCUCUGGAUACAUAUCCAGUGGAGCGUGAAGAUUAUGAUAUGAGUUGUGCUGUUUUUGUGAAGGAUGGUUUUUUCUCUGUCAGAGGUAAAAUUAUUCCUGGGUUUUAUGGAGGAAAGAAAAGGAUGAAG